AUGGUUUCCAAGAACUACUUCGUCUUGAUAGCUGUUGAUUUAUUCGUCAUUUGUCAAAGUGAUUUGACAGUCAACAUUGCCCACAAUAAGGCUACGAUGAUGAGCAGCACGUUAGUUUGGAAUAAUAACCCUUUUUAUUCGAGUUUCGCCGUUGAUGGUAACCUGGGACGUACGUUGAACACUGAUGGUUGUGCCCACACCAAAACCAACGACAUGAAACCUUGGUGGAUGGUCGACUUACAAGGAACGUUUGUUGUUCACAGCGUCACCAUAACCAACAGAGAUCUACUGCCAGAAAGACUUCACAGUUUUGUGAUUGAACUCUUUUCACAAAACCCUAAAGGAUGUUCUGGCGGUGGUUCUGUCGUUUGUUUGAAUUACACCGGAGCGGGGCUGCCAACAGGCCAAAGUAAUUUUUCAUGCGAUGAGCCAACCAGAGGCCGAUUCUUCCGCAUUAGCAAAUGGAACAUGAAGGAUCCUGAUGAUGUACUGACCUUGUGUGAAGUUCAAAUAUAUGGCACUGAAGGAAAUGGAUGCGGAAUUCCACAACAGUUCUGGCGUGUACCAGGAGCGCGUCUGUUAAGUCGACACUCUAAGCUGAUAAAUCAUACGUCGUUGAUGGAAUGCUCAGCGAAAUGUGGCAGGAAAACCAGCUGUUUGGCGUUCAACGUCAAUGUCAACAGUCACCAGUGUGAACUCACAUCUAAUGAAAUUUUUGACGACACCAAGGAGAUCAAUCCAGACUGGGAUUAUUAUGGCUCGGAUUUCUGCUAG